GCACCUGUUUUUCAUGCAUGUAAAGGAGGAUCUUCACCGAGGUCAUCUGCGGAUGGGCUCGGAGCAGGCCGUGGAGCUGAGCGCUCUUCUGGCUCAGGCUGAAUUCGGAGAUUACAACCAGAACACGGCCAAGUACUGGUACACUGAACUGUGCGGAAAAGAGCCCGACCAGGCCACAGUGAACAGUAUAAUAGCUCGACACCAGGCUCUGGAGGGUGUCAGUCAGGGUUCAGUGGAGUAUCAGGCUCUGCAGCUGGUCUCAUCUCUGGAGCAUUACGGAGUGGAGUGGCACUGGGCCCGGGACGCUGAGGGACAGAGGCUGGCGAUUGGAGUCGGGCCAGAGGGCAUCGCAGUCUGCAGGGAGGACUUCAGUCUGGUCAACAGGAUAUCCUAUCCCAUAAUACAAAUAGCCACUCAGUCGGGGAAGAGCGUGUACUUGACAGUCACCAAGGAAACCAGCGACAGUGUGGUCCUCCUAUUUAAACUGAUCAGCAACAGAGCGGCCAGCGGACUGUACCGGGCCAUCACAGAAACGCACGCCUUCUACAGAUGCGACACGGUGACGAAUGCGGUCAUGAUGCAGUACAGCCGAGACUUCAAGGGUCACCUGGCCUCGCUCUUCCUCAACGAAAACAUCAACCUGGGCAAGAAAUACGUCUUCGACAUCCGCCGCACGUCUAAGGAGGUGUACGACUACGCGCGACGGGCUCUCUAUAACGCCGGCAUCGUGGACCUGGUGUCCCGCUCCGGGGGGCGCUCCCCGUCCUCCCACUCGCCUUCGCACGGCUCGCAGGGGGCGCUGGACUGCAGCGGCUGCCAGCAGAGCCGAGCGCUGCAGGAGAAACUGCAGAAGCUUCGGGAGGCGCUGCUGUGCAUGCUGUGCUGCGAGGAGGAGAUAGAUGCAGCGUUCUGUCCCUGCGGGCACAUGGUCUGCUGUCAGAACUGCGCCAAACAGCUCCAGUCGUGUCCAGUAUGCCGAUCAGAGGUGGAACACGUCCAGCAUGUCUACCUGCCCACCUGCACCAGCCUGUUAAACCUGACCAUCACAGGCAGCAGCAGCCCAGAGCCCAUCCACCGUGGCAUGGCCCCACACACCUGCACUAGCAAAGACUUCUCCAGCAACGAGAAGAUCUACCAGACCUAAGCCAGCCCAGCACUCUUCCACAAAAGCUUUUACUUUAUUUACUACGACUCGGCGUUCAUCGCGGACCACCACAACAUGUGUUCUUAAAACACCAAUGAAGAGACCUGCCAACUUUUUACUGUUUGUAUGUUUUUGUCUUUUAUUUAAUCUGUAUCAGUUGAUCUGGUAAGCAGCUGCGUGUUCUUUUAAAAUCUGAAAAUC